AUGCCGAUAAUACCUUACGCAGAUGUCAGACUUCGAAAUCGGUUGACAAAAUGGAUAGCGGACGACGGACCCUUCGAUAACGAGUUCGGCGAAGGAGAAGCAACGCCAACGAUUUUAGAAAUCCACCUUUGUCGUCUGCUCUCUCUCGAUCGUUGCUGUGAUGGUGUAAGUUUGGAGACCGUUAGCGGAGCAUCAGUGGUGUUCUUUUGGCUGUUCUGUCUAUUUGCGCUGUCCUCCGAUCUCAGCUUUCGAAGAAAAGUGAAGUUCAUCGAGGGAUUGGGUGUUGUCAGUUGUCGAUGUGAAGUUUCUUGGGACUGUGGGGAGUUGUCAGUUGUUCGAUGUGAAGUUUCUUGGGGACAUGCUGUAAAAGUGUUGUUUGUUAUUCUUUUCUGUUUCCUCAUCAUUCCUGGUCUUCAAGCAAUAAAUCAACAUUCACUGUUCUUUUAUUCUCCCACUCCUCCUCCCCCAACUGCUGCCGCUUCUGAUGCUUGCACGCAUAUUGUACCUGAGAUAACGAAAACCUCUUCAUAUAUCAAAUCGAAUAGGACACCCAUGAAGAUGCUCAUUGACCACGAAAUGUCCAAAGAAGUUGAAUCUAAACAUAGCCCUCCUAAUCUAGUCGCAAAAUUGAUGGGCCUUGAUGCCCUUCCUCAGCCCGAACCCAAACUUGCUACAAAGAGAAUCCCGUCCAAGGCCCACUCUCGAAGUCAUUCGGAUAUACCAAUGAGCGAGUGGGAGCAACAGCAGAGAUUCUCUCACUACAAAGACAUUCACGAGGUAUGUGAGCAACCACAGAGAUUUACAACCGCAAAUGACAAAAAGAUGGCUCUCGUUCGUCAGAAGUUUCUAGAAGCCAAACGUCUGUCCAUGGAUGGAAGAUUACGCCAGUCCAAGCAAUUCCAGGACGCAUUAGAAGUUUUGAGUUCAAACAGAGACUUAUUUCUCGAGUGCCUGCAGGAACCAAGUUCUGUGUUUGCUCAGCAGCUUUACAGCUUGCACUCUAUUCCUAUUCCCGAGACUAAGCGCAUUACUGUCCUUAGACCUUCGAAAAUUGCGGACGAGUUUUACUUUGCUGGAGACAGAGAUGGAAAACGAGAAUUGGAGGAAAAAUGUAUCUUUGCUUAUUCGAGAAAUUCUCCUCCCAAAUAUCACGAGAGUCCCACUCAGCCAAUCCGAAUAGUGGUUCUCAAACCAAGCCUGGAUAAAAUACUCGAUAACAGUAAAGUUAUCAACUCCCCACAGUCCCAAUCAGCAAUAAUACAUAGCGAAGGCUUUUUGGGUGAUGUGGAGGACAAUGCAAAUCGGGUGUCAAGACAGGUCGCAAAGGAAAUCACAAACCAAAUGCGCGAGAAGCUCGGCAGCCAGCACAGGGACGAAACCGUCAUUUACUCAGCUGUCGAGAGUUCGUUCGACAAAUCGGAGAUUGAUGAGUAUCCAAGUGGUGACAUCAGCGAAUCCGAAGCCACAUCACCCGUGUCCCGGCAUUCGUGGGAUUACGUGAAAGAAAGGCAAAGAAGCCCGUUUUCUUCCUCCUCUUUCAGCAGGGAAUCUUAUUCUCUCGAGUCAUCUGUCUGUAGAGAGGCUAAAAAACGCUUAUCUGAACGUUGGGCCCUUAUGGCAUCUAAUGGGAGUUUUCAGGAACUGAGGCAAAUACGUAGGGGCUCGAGCACGCUGGGCGAAAUGCUUGCUCUUUCUGAGUCAAAACACGAGAAAAAUGAAAUAGUACCAACUUUGAAAGAAAGUGUUUUCAUUUCUAAUGAAAAAUUAAAGGAUUCAAAUAGUAUGUUAGAGAGCGGAAGAAGGGAAGUUCAAGAUGAUAGUAAUAAUUCACUGAGGAACCUCACAAGGUCGAAAUCUGUUCCUGUUUCUUCUUCUCAGUUUGGGUCUAGGCUUGAAGUUGUGGCUAAGGAGGGAGCGAAGGCUAGAAGUGGAAAUUCGUCGUUUAAGGGAAAAGUUUCGAGUUUGUUUUUCUCGAGGAGUAAAAAGGGCGGUAAAGAUAAGGCUAUUGGACCUGGAACUGGAGAUGAGUCUGGCUCGUCUUUUCUUGGGGAAAUUAGCUGUGAUGGAAGUGGAAUUCAUCUUGAGGAAGUGGAGUUAUCGAGCAAAACAUCUUCCUUGUGCAUGAUUUCACCUGAGGAAGCCAUUUUCGUGUUCUUCUUUCUAGAUCUUUUAAUGUCAGUAUUGAGCAUUUUGGCAUCAAAUAAGGUGCCGUCAUUUGACUUCACUAAAUUUUCUGUGUCGAAACCUGCCGCAUCUGGAAACAUUGGUGAAAAUCAGGACCAGCCAAGCCCGAUAUCGGUCUUAGAUCCUACCUUUGAAUUAAAUGAACGCACAUCAAAAGUGUUCCCUCGUUAUGUCGAGCCCGACCCUCAUGGUUACGAUUUGUCAUCGAGCCCACUUAGUUCAAACUUCAUCGAUAAGUCACCACUUAUCGGCUCCAUAGCUCGUACCUUAUUGUGGGACGACUCAAGCUUAGACACGGCCUUGACCGCCACACAAGCACCAACAAAAGACGAGGGGCGAGAAUGGUAUUUAUUCGCCAGAACAUUGUUAUCUAUGACGGGCCUUGAAAGCGAGGCCCAUCACGACUCGUUCUUCGCCAGGUGGCACUCGCCCGAGAGCCCAUUAGAUCCGUCCUUGAGAGACACGUACAUCGACUUGAAAAACGAUACGAACGAGGCUAGGCGGAGGCAGAAGAGGUCCAUGCAGAAGCUCGUCUUUGAUUGCUUGAACGUGGUACUGGUCGAGCUUGUGGGCCCAGGACAGCUGGCGGACGAGGUGUGGGCCCGCAUGAACUGUUGGUUUUCGGGGGACGAAAACGGGUUCGUGGUGGAGAGGGCAGUGAGGAAUGAGGUGGCGGGGAAGGGUUGGGUUGAGAAUUUGAGAUUUGAGAGGGACAUUUUGGGAAAAGAAAUUGAGGUUGUUCUGUUUGAGAUGCUUUUGGAGGAGGCUGUGAUUGAACUUGACAGGUUCAAUUGUAUAUUUUUAUUCCCAAUGUUCUCACAAUUUGAGGGAGCAAACGAAACGAGGACAACGGGCUUAUUUCUUCUAUUUCCUGUUCAUAGACCCUAUUUGAAGGAUGCGCAGCGAAGACGGGAAGAUCUCGUUACAUUUUCCUUCCCCAAAUCGAUCACCACUGACGACCACCUUUUGUCUGCUGGUUGUUUACCGUCGUUCGGCAACAAGCUUAGAAGACGAUUGUUGGGCCGGCGUCGUCUAUUCCAAAGCAUUCAUAAUGGUACAAAUGACCGGCGACGGCGACGAGUAUUGAGCAUUUUGGCAUCAAAUAAGGUGCCGUCAUUUGACUUCACUAAAUUUUCUGUGUCGAAACCUGCCGCAUCUGGAAACAUUGGUGAAAAUCAGGACCAGCCAAGCCCGAUAUCGGUCUUAGAUCCUACCUUUGAAUUAAAUGAACGCACAUCAAAAGUGUUCCCUCGUUAUGUCGAGCCCGACCCUCAUGGUUACGAUUUGUCAUCGAGCCCACUUAGUUCAAACUUCAUCGAUAAGUCACCACUUAUCGGCUCCAUAGCUCGUACCUUAUUGUGGGACGACUCAAGCUUAGACACGGCCUUGACCGCCACACAAGCACCAACAAAAGACGAGGGGCAAGAAUGGUAUUUAUUCGCCAGAACAUUGUUAUCUAUGACGGGCCUUGAAAGCGAGGCCCAUCACGACUCGUUCUUCGCCAGGUGGCACUCGCCCGAGAGCCCAUUAGAUCCGUCCUUGAGAGACACGUACAUCGACUUGAAAAACGAUACGAACGAGGCUAGGCGGAGGCAGAAGAGGUCCAUGCAGAAGCUCGUCUUUGAUUGCUUGAACGUGGUACUGGUCGAGCUUGUGGGCCCAGGACAGCUGGCGGACGAGGUGUGGGCCCGCAUGAACUGUUGGUUUUCGGGGGACGAAAACGGGUUCGUGGUGGAGAGGGCGGUGAGGAAUGAGGUGGCGGGGAAGGGUUGGGUUGAGAAUUUGAGAUUUGAGAGGGACAUUUUGGGAAAAGAAAUUGAGGGUGUUCUGUUUGAGAUGCUUUUGGAGGAGGCUGUGAUUGAACUUGACAGGUAGAAUGUGAUGAUGGGAGCUUAUUAUACAUUCUUUAGUCUGCUUGUAUUUAUUUCCUUAUUACUUUAGUUCUGCAAAUUUGCAUUCUUGUCUCCAUAUAUUUGGGGAUGAAAAAUUGUUGAGGAAAAAGUGUGUGUCAGUCCACACGUAUGUGUCUGUAAUUCCUGUGUAUAUUAUUUGCAUUGCUUUUAUUAUGGGACAGGAUGGAAUAAUAUAUAUAUUUGUUUUGAUCAAUAAAUGCAAGUAUUAGGCUUGAUGACACUAUUCAUUGUGUUGUGCUGAAUUCAUAUAUGGUAGUGGGUUUAUUUUUAUUUUUAGUUUUAU